AAGCCACUAGUGGUGGACCUGGCAAAGACGGAAAGGAGGGAAAGAUAGACAGAAGAGAUAGACAGGAGCCAGAGAGACGGAUACGAGACGCGGAGACAUCCCCGAAAGAGAGCAUUUGACCUCGGCUGACCGUCCGUUACGUCGCGAAACGUCAUAUCGUUGAGGUUUGACAGCAGCAGAAUAACUGAAGAGGAUACUGUGACUGGCCUUUCUUAACGGAACACAUAGCUUAUUUCACAACCGUGGGCAGCAACGUAAACACACUGCAAUUAGGUGCAGAACGAGUACGGCUCUCCCCUUCAGCCGGGCUGUCGAGUUGACUUUCAGUGAGAUGUGUGACCCCAGACAGCACCAGUGAGUCCUUUCCAGCCACAUCAUAUCACAACGAGCCUGACAGGAACAGCGAGUAAUGGAGAAUAAUAAUAUUCAAGUGAUCUCGUCAUCCUGGGCCUUGUGGAUUCCUUUAUCUAAAGGAAUACCCGUAUUGAUUACUGCUUUCUAACAAAGCCCACUUAUUACAGUGAGGUGUUGGAAAGGCCUUGAUCACAGCUAUGUCAACACUGCAGCAAGAUAUUUCAAGUCAAGAAGGACUACAGUAGAAGACUGACCGGGAGUUAAUCAGCUGUUACAUUUAGUACUUCAGAUUUGACUAUGUAUUUUUGAUUCACUUGCUUUAUAAAUUUGAUCCAGACACUCUUUCGUCUCUACAGUAUACAUACCAUAUUCUCUUAUCAUGUACGGUAGCUCCCGUUCCGUCUCAAAGCUGGAUGUUGUUGGAUCUAAUGGGAACGGGUCAGUGUCUGGGAGUCCUGGGCGCUCCCCACGCCUCCCUCGCUCCCCACGCCUUGGACACCGGCGAAACAGCAGCAGCAGCUCCACUGGCGGACUUACUGGAUCCGGUAAAACCCUGUCCAUGGAGAACAUUCAGUCUCUAAAUGCUGCCUAUGCUACAGGCGGUCCUAUGUACUUCACUGACACAGUUGACGACCCGGUCGGCAUUGGGAGCCUGGGCAGUGGGCUGAACCCCUCGCUUCCCAAAAGCACCAUGACCCUGGGCAGGGCUGGGGCCAGGGUGCCCUACGGAAUCAGGGCGGCCAUCAUGGGGAGCAGUCCUAAUAUAAACACUGGAGGAGGAGGGGGAGGUGGUGGAGCGGUUAUACCCAGUGAUGCGAUUGCGUUUGGUGGGGAGAUGCAAAACCAGCUUUCACAGGCGGCUACUGUGCCCCACUCCAUGAGACAGGUGAGAGACGGUGCAAUGUCAGACCUACAGACACAGUUAAGAGAAGUGCUGAGAGAGAACGAACUACUACGCAGAGAACUGGAGGCUAAAGAAUCGAAGUUGAGCUCCUCUAUGAACUCCAUUAAGACGUUUUGGAGCCCAGAGCUGAAGAAAGAGAGGGCGCUGAGGAAGGAUGAAGCCACAAAGAUGGCCGUGUGGAAGGAACAGUACAGAGUGGUACAGGAGGAAACACAGCAUCUUCAAUGCAACAUCCAGGCUUUACAAGACGAGCUCAGAAUCCAGCGAGAUCUAAACCAGCUCUUCCAGUCCGACUACUCAGAGUCCGGUCACCUCGGAAACCAGGGCAUCCCCCCUCAGGAAAUGACAGAGGAGAACUUCUUGCGUCUCCACGGCGAGUACGAGCGUCAGGUCAAAGAGCUCUUCCUACUAAGGAAGACUGUGGAAGAAAUGGAGCUGAGGAUAGACACACAGAAACACACACUAACCGCCAGGGAUGAAUCCAUAAAGAAGUUACUGGAAAUGUUGCAGAGUAAAGGCCUGUCGUCACGGGCAACCGAGGAGGACCAUGAACGAACGAGGCGACUGGCCGAUGCUGAGAUGACGAUCCACCAACUGGAGGGCCUACUGGAGCAAAAAGACAAGGAGAUGCUACAACUCAGAGAGGAGCUACACAGGAGAUACGAAGCAGCUCCAGAAUCGACCAAGACCAAGGCUUUGCAGACAGUCAUCGAAAUGAAGGAUGCGAAGAUCAGCUCACUGGAGCGCGGCAUGAGAGAGCUAGAGGAGGAGGUGAACAUGCUCAAGUCCAAUGGUGCUCUGAGCAGCGAGGAGCGGGAGGAGGAGAUCAAACAGAUGGAGGUCUACCGAUCCCACUCCAAGUUCAUGAAGAACAAGGUUGAGCAGCUGAAGGAAGAGCUAACUCACAGCCAAUCAGAGAAGGAGGAGCUAAGGCAACGAGCCAAUGAGCUUCAGCAGGAGUUGUCUGCAAUGGAACAGGCAAAGCAGGACCUGAGUCGUAAGGACAGCGAGCUGUUGGCUUUCAGGACCAAACUGGAAACUCUGAACAAUCAGUUUUCUGACAGUAAGCAACACGUGGACGUACUCAAGGAGUCACUUACUGCCAAGGAACAGCGAGCCGCUAUACUGCAGACUGAGGUGGAUGCGCUGCGUCUGCGUCUCGAGGAAAAGGAGUCUCUCCUCUCUAAAAAGAGUCAGCAGAUAUCAGAGUUGACAGAGGAGAAAAGUACUCAGCAUGGAGAGAUCAGCGACCUCAAAGACAUGCUGGAUGUCAAGGAACGCAAAGUCAACGUGCUGCAGAAGAAGAUAGAGAACCUCCAAGAUCAGUUGAGGGAUAAAGAGAAGCAGCUGGGCGGUCUGAAAGACAGAGUCAAGUCUUUACAGACAGACACGUCAAACACCGACACAGCACUGGGAACACUGGAGGAGGCUCUGGCUGAGAAGGAGCGAAUCAUCGAGCGGUUGAAGGAGCAACGUGAGAGGGAGGAGAGAGAAAAGGGAGAGGAGAUGGAGUCCAGCAAGAAGGAGCUGAAGGAAUUGAGGGAGAAAGUCUCCCAGCUGCAGGCUGACCUGGCUGACCGUGAGACUUCUGUGUUGGAUCUGAAGGAGAAGGCUUCUUCUCUGGCUUCCUCCACUCUGAAGAAGGACAGCAGGCUGAAGAGUCUGGAGAUCAGCCUGGAGCAGAAGAGAGAGGAGUGUGUCAAACUAGAAAAUCAACUCAAGAAGGCUCAGAGUGCAGCAGCAGAUUCCCAGGCCAGCACUGAACUCUCCGAACGCAUCUCCUGCCUGGAGCAGGAAGUGACCCAGCACAAGGAGGAAGCUGGGAAGGCCCAGUCCGAGGUGGAACGACUUCUGGAGAUCCUGAGGGAGAUGGAGAAUGAAAAGAAUGACAAGGAGAAAAAGAUUCACGAAUUGGAGAGGCAGAUGAAGGACCAGUCAAAGAAGGUGGCCAACAUGAAACACAAGGAGCAGGUGGAGAAGAGCAAGAAUGCCCAGAUGAUGGAGGAUGCCAAGAAGAGAGAGGACAAUCUGAACGAAAGCUCCCAGCAGAUAAAGGACGCCCUACGUCAGAAGGAGGAGCGCAUUGAGGAGCUGGAGGAGGCGUUGAGGGAAAGCGUUCAGAUCACAGCGGAGAGGGAGGUGGUGCUUGCCCAGGAGGAGCAGGCACGCACACAGUCCGAUAAACAGGUGGAAGACCUGCUGGUUGCCAUGGAGAAGGUGAAACAGGAACUGGAGGUGAUGAAAGCCAAGCUGUCAUCAACUCAACUUUCACUGGCUGAGAAGGAAGGUCACCUGACCGCUCUGCGGGCAGAGAGGCGGAAGCACCUGGAGGAGGUCCUGGAGAUGAAGCAAGAGGCGCUGCUGGCAGCCAUAAGUGAGAAAGAUGCAAACAUUGCCCUGCUAGAGCUCUCCUCAUCCAAGAAGAAGAAAACCCAGGACGAGGUGGCAGCUCUCAAGAGGGAGAAGGAUAGUCUGGUUCAUCAGCUCAAACAGCAGACUCAAAACCGGAUGAAGCUGAUGGCAGACAACUAUGAGGACGACCACCUUAAAGUCUCCUCUCCAAACUCAGAGCAGCCCAACAAUCACAAGCCCUCCCCGGACCAGAUUCUCUCUCCUCUCCUGGAUCUCAACCAGAAUCGCAGCAAACUGAAGCUGUACAUCAGUCACCUGACCUCGCUGUGUCAGGAGCGAGACCCAAUCAUAUUGCAGGACUUCGCCCCGCCCCCCGCCUAUCACCGCUCUGACUCCGCCUCCUGGCAUACGCAGCUGCACAGCAUGACGCAGGAACAGUUGGAGGCGGAGUUAGCGCUGUGCGAGAGGGAGGGGGCGGAGCUCCAGGAGUACGCCAAUCAGGUCCUGCAGCAGAUCGCCGACAGAUGCCCCGACAUUUUGGAACAAGUCGUCAACGCUCUAGAGGACAGCUGCUGACACACAAAUCCACACACAAUGAGAGAAACAUACACAGGCUGACAUAGAUUCAUUAAUUAGCACUCAAGAGUCAGAAAGCAAGCUAACACACUCCAAACAUUUAACAGGACCAUCAGAAGUCUCCAGAAGGCCCCCAUAAUCCCCUGAUACAAAUAAAAUCAGUGUUGAACAAGAGGAUGAAGACUUUCUCUUCCGCCAGCUCUUCUUCACUCAUCUUGUUCCCACAAACGGGAAGGGAAUCUACAAAAAAAUCACACCACUACUGAAAAAUAUUCUUGCACUGUCUUUAGCCGCUGUAAUUUUGAACAAACAGUGCCAGCUAAGGGAAAUAUUGUUCAUUUUUCAGUUACGAGUGCUUUGCUGGCAUACAAGUUAAUUGGAAAUAGUUAAUGUUAGUUGAGAUAUUAAACACGUAUUUCCCUAACUACUUCGAAAAGAAAAGAAGGAACCUUCGCUGCACUUGCCAUCUGCUUCACGGCGGCCAUCUUGUGUCCUUCCAGGCAAUCAGCGUGUUGGAUUUGUAAUCAUGACUUGAUGUAUUUUAUGGGGGGAAAGUAUUUUCAAGCUGUAUAAAAAGGGUGAAAUUGAGUUGAGCUUGCCAGGUUGUUUCUGAUGCCAGACUUACACGCUGUUACCACAUUGUUAUUUGAUUGGUUCAGAUACAAAAGUGUGUUUAUUUCAGCUGCCUUUGAUUCUUUACAUCAUUUGCUGCUAUAUUUUUUACAUUUGGUUUCUAUUUCUUUCCAUUUAUUGUUUUUUCCUACUUUGUUUUGCCUGAUAUCUGAUGAAAAGCCCCAACAUGCAGUAAUCUUGACGUAGAUGUGUAAAUUGUAUAGAGAGAAGUUUAAUUAACAGAAACACAGCGUUCGUCAGAGAAACAUCAGUUCCUUUUCCCAUUAUUGAUGAAAGGCACAAACUACACUAAUAUUUCCCUUUAUUAAAAACACACCAGUAUAGAUGUCCUUUUUAAGAAAAACAUGUUCAGCUAGGGUGUCAAUGCUGAAAUUAGGUUGAGUUCAGAUAAUCCCUCACUUACCCAUGGCAAUCCCUUUAGAAUUAACAUGUCUGAAUUAAUUAUUAAUUUUCCUUUAUUAAAAGGAGGGAGUGAAUAUAAGAUGAUUGCAAUAUAUUUUUUUGCCUUUGGUAAUCUAUAUAAAACACUAAUCUUGUUUAAUUGAAAAUAUUGUCAUGUAUUAGUUGGUAUAUUACAUAAUAUGUCAUCCUUUUUUUUGUGACCUGCAAGUAACCACAGAUUUGUUCCAUAAAACUGUUAUUGGGAACGUGUAUUGUACCUACAUAAAGCUCUGUGUCCACUGGGAUCAUUUUCUCAGAAUCAGUUUCUUGUUCUUGGUGUUUACAGUGGAAAAGGACACUCUGAUGCAUGUUUCCCACAGCGCUGGCAGCCGUAGCAUGAUUUAAACGCUUACAGCACCAAGCACUAGAGGUUCAGAUUGUUUCAACUUCAAUCAAAUGCUCCUCUAACAGGUUUUUUUUAGUAUUAUACUGUACUAAUGAUUAGUGCCGCUCAUCUGACAAGAAAUACCUGGUGGACACAAAGCCUAAAGAUGGGGAUUUACACUGCACACCCAAGUCUUAUACCAUCAAGGCUUUCUGAACAGGCCAAUAAAAAAGGUUUAAUUUUCAGCACCUAAGCUGUGUAUUAAAGACAUGGGUGUAAAUGAGGAGUUUAAUUCCAAAACAGUACUGCUCUGUGAGGAGAAAUCUCAGCCUGAUGUUUGGUGCAUUUGUUCCUCUGAUGUUACCAGUUAGCUAAAAGCUUUCAUGAUCAUGAAGAGUUUGUGUUUGAUAAAGGGUUCUUAUUUUGGAAUGAAACUCCGUCAGAUAUGAGUUUGUGUCGUAAAAUCCAGUUGUUAGUCGUCUGUUUUAUACUGGAUAGUGUUAUGUUCUUGGGAAUGGUGGUGACUGGGACUCACCGUGAGAGAAUAGAAUAAAAUAUGGAUUUAUCUUUACUUUACUGUGAAAGGACAGUCAUUUCAUAUAUCUAAAAGUCGGAUAUUCGACAGGUUUGAGCUGUGUCAGUGGUUCCAAACCUUUUUGACGUGGGACCCCUUAAAAUGGGGCAAUGUCUACUUGUGACCCCUCAUUACAGGUUGUAUCGCCUUAUAUGAGCACUUUAACCAAAGUGGGAUUUUUCUUUCUCAUAUUGUUUGUUUUGAAGGAUUUUUAUAGGCUGGAAAAAGUGAAAGUAUACAAGAUAAAAAAAUAAAAAAUCAAUUAAGAAACAUCUUAGAAAAUAAAUAUAAAUUUGUGUAACAGAAAUAUUCUUUCUUAUACCUUUAAUCGUCUGGUGACCCCUCUGAUUAAUCCUCACUCACAAAUGUUUUUGUUGAUGACUGUGUACAAAUGAUAAAGACAAAGCUUGGAACAUC